AUGACGACGGAAGCUCCCACGCCAGCUACCGAUACCCCUCCAGCCUCAGAAACCAAAGCUCCCAAGGACAAGAGCUGCCCCUUCUGCCAGCAGGCAUUCACCUCGAGCAGCCUCGGCAGGCAUCUCGACCUGUACAUCCGCGCGAAGAACCCAAAGGCCCCCGAUGGCGUGCAUCUCGUCGACGAGAUCAAGAAGCUUCGCGGCGGCAUCACCCGCAGGCAAAAAGUCAAGAAGGAGCUCGACACCCCCGCCAAAAAGCACUCGGUAGCCAGCAAUGCCUCGCCCCCGGUGCAGAGCAUCGACGGGGACGACGGCUCGCCGGACGUGAGCGCUGCGAAGCUCAGCCAGUUCAAGGACGUCAGCUGGGCAGACGGACACCCCCCGCGUGUCCUGGGGGCCAAGACGCCCGAGAUGAGGAGGGACCUGUCGAGGCAGAUGCAAAAGGCCGACCUGGAGCAGCGGCAGAAGAUGACGGACGAGGCAGAGACGGCCAAGGCGACCGAGCUGGCUCUGCGGGAGCUGUUGCGGAGCGUCAAGGAGGCCAAUACCAAAGCAACGGGCCCGACCCUCUUCGAUUUCGACCCUUACACACUCAACUUCCCCAGCCUGUGCCUGCAGGUCCUCCCGCCGCCCUCGACCCUUUUCUCCCCGAUGCCCUUUGCCACCAGCGAGUCCUGGUCCAUAAGCCCGCCGGGCCAGAAGCAGCUCGAGGCACUGAAUCGCCAGGUCGGCGACCGGCUCCUGGCGCACCAGCGGCAGCGGCAGAUCAACCAGGCCUAUCCGUCUGGUUCUCAGUCCAGUCCGUCGUCGGGCAGAAACUCGCCCCUCCCCACUCCGCCGCUCUUCGAUCCCGACCCACAAAAACUAUUCUGCCACAUCGCCGAGGCCUACAACCACUGGUCGUGCCAGCCCGAGAAGGUGCGUCAGGAGUACUGGCAGGUGGAGAUACUCCGCUCAUAUGCGCGCUCCAACGAGUUGCGGCGGGAUGCCGAGAUAAACUUGGAGAAUGCUCGGCGGGAAAUCGACUAUCUGAAAUCCAGCCGUUGGGCAUCGGGUGCUUCAGAUCGAUUACCGGUCACCUUCAAUCUAGGCGCGGAAACCGUCAAAGAGCUCGGGAAGCAUGGCAUGGACCUGCGAAACUGGGACUACGACCGCUUGAUCGAGAAGUGGAAGGGUGUAGUCCGGGACAGCAGGAACGUCGCAGCUGGCAUGGCAGCACAAAAACCGCUGCCCGAUCCAUCACUAACAAGGAGCUGCUCAAUGGCAAGUGUCCCCACACAGCCAUUUGUGUCGAUCAAUGCCGUCAAGCCCGACCAGGGCCCAUACUCUGCACCCGCAACCAUCAACGGCACCGACGGCGGCAGCGACCAGGUCGAUGCAGAAGGCGAGGAUGAUGAUGCAGACGUCGACCUCGAAGUCGUUCCCGCUUCUAACAACAAUCCCGCACCUUUGACCACCCAACUCAGCAACCUCCCGCGCCUUCUUCCCCUCCAACCCACACCUGUACAUCCGACCAACUUCCAGAUGCAUGAGCAUAUUCAGUCACCGGUCCACGCUGCUCAUGCGCACGCACACGCUCAGGCCCAGGCGCAAGCACAAGCCCACCAGCAGGCUCACGCUCAAGCACAGGCUUGGGCUGCAGCAAGACAGCAUAUGAACGCAAGCAGGAACCAGUCGCAUGGACUUCCGCAUCAACAGCAACUGAGUCCGCAUCCAAAUCACAUGGGCUCUGCAACAAACAGUCGAAGGGCGAGCGCAGUGAUGAUGGACGCGCACCCCAUGAGCGCGGGCGGGCUGUUACCUAUGGAUGGCAUCGAGGGCGGCAACAACGGGUUCCUGAGAAUGGAUAUGGGACUCGGCGUCACUGCCGGAUUCGUCGGGUCUAACGACAACGGAGUAUAA